GCGCGCGCCUGCGCGGGACUUCUGGCGUCAUGGCGGGCUCGCGAGCGGGUGUGCAGGGCUCGCUGCUGCAGCUGCGGGAGUGCCUGUCCUCCGUGGACCGCUGCAGCGCUGCCAUGGCCGGUUACCAGCUGAUCCGCGGCCUGGGGCAAGAGUGCGUGCUGAGCACCAGCCCCGCGGUGCUGGCGUUACAGACUUCCUUAGUUUUUUCCAGAGAUUUUGGUUUGCUCGUAUUUGUUCGGAAGUCACUCAGCAUGGAUGAAUUUCGUGAUUGUAGAGAAGAAAUUCUAAAAUUUUUAUGUAUUUUCUUAGAAAAAAUUGGCCAGAAGAUCGAGCCUUACUCUCUUGAUACUAAGAAUACUUGUACCAGUGUUUAUACAAAAGAUAGAGCUGCUAAAUGUAAAAUUCCUGCCUUGGAUCUCCUUAUUAAGUUACUUCAGACUUUGAGAAGUUCUAGACUCAUGGAUGAAUUUAAAAUUGGAGAAUUAUUUAGUAAAUUCUAUGGAGAACUUGCAUUGAAAACAAAAAUACCAGAUACAGUUUUAGAAAAAGUAUAUGAACUUCUAGGAGUAUUAGGAGAAGUUCACCCUACAGAGAUGAUAAAUAAUUCAGAAAACCUGUUCCGGGCUUUUCUGGGUGAACUGAAGACUCAGAUGACAUCAGCUAUACGCGAGCCCAAGCUACCUGUAGUGGCGGGAUGUCUGAAGGGGCUGUCUUCACUUCUGUGCAAUUUCACUAAGUCCGUGGAGGAAGAUCCCCAGACUUCAAGGGAGAUUUUUGAUUUUGUACUGAAGGCCAUUUGUCCUCAGAUUGAUCUGAAAAGAUACGCCGUGCCCGCAGCUGGCUUGCGCUUACUCACCCUGCACGCCCCCCAGUUCAGCGCCUGCCUUCUGGACAACUACAUCUCUUUAUUUGAAGUACUGUCAAAAUUGUGUGGCCAUACAAAUGUGGAAUUGAAGAAAGCUGCGUAUUCAGCCCUAGAAUCCUUUCUGAAACAGGUUUCUUUAAUGGUGGCAAAAAAUGCAGAAAUGCACGAGAGUAAGCUGCAGUAUUUUAUGGAGCAGUUCUACGGAAUCAUCAGAAAUGUGGAUUCCAACAGCAAGGAGCUAUCUAUCGCUAUUCGUGGAUACGGACUGUUUGCGGGACCUUGCAAGGUUGUGAAUGCACAAGAUGUGGACUUCAUGUACGUUGAGCUCCUUCAGCGCUGCAAGCAGAUGUUCCUCACACAGGCGGACACUGCUGAGGACCGUGUGUACCAGAUGCCCAGCUUCCUCCAGUCCAUUGCAAGUGUGCUGCUUUGCCUUGACACACUUCCUGAGGUGUACACCCCAGUUCUGGAGCAUCUCAUGGUGGUGCAGAUAGACAGUUUCCCACAGUACAGUCCAAAGAUGCAGCUGGUCUGCUGUAGAGCCCUGGUGAAGGUAUUCCUGGCCUUAGCAGAAAAAGGACCAGUUCUCUGGAACUGCAUUAGCACUGUGGUGCAUCAGGGUUUAAUCAGAAUAUGUUCUAAACCAGUGAUCCUUCAAAAGGGUGCUGAGUCUAUAUCUGAGGACCCUCGUGCCUUGGGGGAAGUCAGAACUGGGAAAUGGAAAACGCCCACGUUCAGAGAUUAUGUUGAUCUUUUUAGAAAUCUCCUGAGCUGCGACCAGAUGAUGGAUUCUAUCAUAGCAGAUGAAGCAUUUUUCUUUGUGAAUUCCUCCCUUCAAAGUCUGAACCGUUUACUAUAUGAUGAAUUUGUAAAAUCUGUUAUAAAGAUCAUUGAGAAAUUGGAUCUAACACUGGAAUCACAGAUAGUUGGGGAACAAGAGGGUAGAGAUGGAACUGCUGGUGUCCAUGUGUUCCCAACUUCAGAUCCAGCUGCAAACUUACAUCCUGCUAAACCUAAAGACUUUUCAGCUUUCAUUAACCUGGUGGAAUUAUGCAGAGAGAUUCUCCCUGAGGAACAAGUGGGGUUCUUUGAGCCCUGGGUGCACUCGUUUGCUUAUGAGUUAGUGUUGCAGUCUGUGCGGUCGCCCCUCAUCAGUGGUUUCUACAAACUGCUUUCUGUUGCAGUGAAAAAUGCCAAGAAAAUAAAAUAUUUUGAGGGCGUUAGUCCAAAGAGUCUGAAACACUCUCCUGAGGACCCAGAAAAAUAUUCUUGCUUUGCUUUAUUUGCAAAAUUUGGUAAAGAGGUAGCAGUUAAAAUGAAGCAAUAUAAAGAUGAGCUGUUGGCCUCCUGCUUGACCUUUAUUCUGUCCCUGCCUCAUGACAUCAUUGAACUUGAUGUUAGAGCCUAUGUCCCUGCACUGCAGAUGGCCUUCAAACUGGGUCUGAGCUAUACCCCCUUGGCAGAAGUAGGCUUGAAUGCUCUGGAAGAAUGGUCAGUUUACAUCAGCAAACAUGUAAUUCAGCCUUAUUACAAAGACAUUCUCCCCUGCCUCGAUGGAUAUCUGAAGACUUCAGCCUUAUCAGAUGAGACCAAGAAUAGCUGGGAGUUGUCAGCACUCUCUCAGGCUGCCCAGAAGGGAUUUACAAAAGCUGUGUUAAAGCACCUGAAAAGGACAAAGAACACAUCACUGAAUGAAGCACCGUCCUUAGAAGGAGUAAGGAUUAGAGUAGUGCAAAUGCUCGGCUCUCUGGGAGGGCGGAUCAACAAAAAUCUCGCAACAGCUGCAUCCUCAGAUGAAAUGAUGAAGAAAUGUGUGGCAUGGGACAGAGAGAAGAGGCUCAGCUUCGCCGUGCCCUUCAGGGAGAUGAAGCCCGUCAUCUACCUGGACGUGCUCUUGCCGCGGGUGACAGAGUUAGCUCUCACAGCCAGUGACAGACAAACUAAGGUUGCAGCUUGUGAACUGUUACACAGCAUGGUUAUGUUUCUGCUGGGCAAAGCUACCCAAAUGCCUGAAGGGGAUCAGGGGGCUCCUCCCAUGUACCAGCUUUAUAAGCGGACUUUUCCUGUGCUGCUUCGUCUCGCCUGUGAUGUAGAUCAGGUGACAAGGCAGCUGUAUGAGCCACUAGUGAUGCAGCUGAUCCACUGGUUCACGAAUAAUAAGAAGUUUGAAAGUCAGGACACUGUCGCCUUGCUAGAAGCCAUAUUGGAUGGAAUUGUAGACCCUGUUGACAGCACUUUACGAGAUUUUUGUGGUCGGUGUAUUAGAGAAUUCCUCAAGUGGUCCAUUAAGCAGACAACACCACAGCAGCAGGAAAGGAGUCCAGUGAACACCAAAUCACUUUUCAAGCGGCUGUACAGCCUGGCGCUACAUCCCAAUGCUUUCAAGAGGCUGGGAGCAUCCCUGGCUUUUAAUAAUAUCUACCGGGAGUUCAGGGAAGAAGAGUCUCUGGUGGACGCGUUUGUGUUUGAAGCCCUGGUGACCUACAUGGAAAGUCUGGCCUUAGCACAUGCAGAUGAGAAGUCCUUAGGUACAAUUCAGCAGAGUUGUGACGCCAUUGAUCAUCUAAGCCGCAUAAUUGAGAAGAAGCAUGUUUCUUUAAACAAAGCAAAAAACCGCCGUCUGCCGCGGGGCUUUCCUCCUUCAGAAGCCUUGUGUUUACUGGAUCUGGUCAAGUGGCUGCUGGCCCAUUGUGGGAGGCCGCAGGCGGAAUGUCGGCACAAAUCCAUAGAGCUCUUCUAUAAAUUUGUCCCAUUACUGCCGGGCAACAAAUCCCCUUCUUUAUGGCUGAAGGAGGUUAUCAAGGAAGAGGGUGUUUAUUUCCUCAUAAACACGUUUGAGGGGGGUGGUGGCUGUGGUCCGCCUGGGGGCAUCCUGGCCCAGCCCACCCUGUCCCACCUGCCGGGGCCGUUCAGCCUGCGAGUGGUGCUGCACUGGCUGGACCUGCUGCUGGCUGCGCUGGAGUGCUACAACACCUUCCUGCAGGCCGGUGCUGCACAGGCGCCCGGGCUCCUGGGUGCUGAAGCACAGUCUUCACUUUUGAAGGCGGUGGCUUUCUUUUUAGAAAGCAUUGCUAUGCAUGAUAUUACAGCAGCGGAGAGGUGCUUUGGCACCAGGGCAGCCGAUCACAGGCCCAGCCCACAGGAGGGGGAAAGGUACAACUACAGCAAGUGCACGGUCGUGGUCCGGAUUAUGGAGUUCACCACCACCCUGCUCAGCACCUCCCCGGACGGCUGGAAGCUGCUGGAGAGGAAUUUGUGUAAUGUGGACCUUAUGAAACUCUUGGUGAAAACGCUGUGUGAGCCUAUGAGCGUGGGUUUCAAUGUCGGCGAUGUCCACGUUAUGGACCAUCUCCCCAGUGUCUGUGUGAACCUGAUGAAAGCGCUAAAGACAUCCCCGUACAAAGACACCCUGGAGGCCCACCUGAGGGAGACCGUCACAGCACAGAGCCUUGAGAAGCUUUCUGCUAUUGACUUGUGUGGCCCUGACUCGAACCUGGACAGGGCCAAGCUGGCGUCUGCCGUGUCUGCCUGCAAACAGCUUCACAGAGCUGGUUUGCUGCAUGUAAUCUUACCAUCCCAGUCUACAGAUCUUCACCACUCUGUUGGCGCAGAACUUCUUUCCCUGGUUUAUAAGGGCAUUGCCCCUGGACAUGAGAGACAGUGUCUACUUUCGCUAGAGCCCAGCUGUAAGCGACUGGCCAGUGGACUUCUGGAGCUGGCCUUUGCUUUUGGAGGACUGUGCGGGCAUCUCGUGAGUCUUCUCCUGGACCCUGCGGUGUUGUCUGUGCCCUCCACAGGCAGCUCGUCGAGAAGCAUUAUCAGCUUCUCCCAUGGAGAAUAUUUCUAUAGCUUGUUCUCUGAAACGAUCAACACUGAAUUGUUGGAAAACCUAGAUCUUGCUGUAUUGGAGCUCAUGAAAUCAUCAGUGGAUAAUCCCAAAAUGGUGAGCGCGGUUUUGAAUGGCAUGUUAGAUCAGACCUUCAGGGACCGAGCAGGACUUCAGCACCAAGGACGGAGACUUGCCACUACCAUUCUACAGAACUGGAGGACGUUUGACGAGUGGUGGGCCAAGGAUUCUGCUCCUGAAAGCAAAAUGGCAGUGCUGGCUUUACUGGCAAAGAUCCUGCAGAUUGAUUCAUCUGUAUCUUUUAGUGCAAAUCACAGCUCAUUCCUUCAAGUCUUUAAAACAUAUACUAGUCUACUGGCUGAUGCAAAGUUGGGUCUCCAUUUAAAGGGCCAAGCUGUCACUCUUCUUCCAUUCUUCACUAGCCUCACGGGGGACAGCCUGGAGGACCUGCGGCUUGUUCUUGAAAAGCUCAUCGUUUCCAGCUUCCCUCUGAAGUCUCAUGAAUUCCCCCCAGGGACUUUGCAGUACAAUAAUUAUGCAGACUGCAUGAAAAAGUUUCUGGAUGCACUGGAAUUAUCUCAAAGUCCUAUAUUGUUGCAGUUGAUGACAGAAAUUCUUUGUCGAGAACAGGAACAUGUUAUGGAAGAAUUAUUUCAAUCCACUUUCAAGAGGAUUGCCGGAAGGGGUUCAUGUGUUACACAAGUAGGCCUUCUGGAAAGUGUCUACAGAAUGUUCAGGAGGGAUGAGCUACUUUUAAGUACCACUCGGCAAGCAUUUGUAGAUCGCGCUCUGCUCACUCUGUUGUGGCACUGCAGCCUGGAUGCGUUAAGAGAGUUCUUUAGCAGAAUCGUGGUGGAUGCCAUUGAUGUGUUGCAGUCCAGGUUUACAAAGCUAAAUGAAUCUGCCUUUGAUACUCAAAUCACCAAGAAGAUGGGCUAUUAUAAGAUGCUAGAUGUGAUGUAUUCUCGUCUUCCAAAACAUGAUGUUCACUCUAAAGAAUCUAAAGUUAAUCAAGUUUUCCACGGCUCGUGUAUUACAGAAGGAAAUGAACUUACAAAGACGCUGAUUAAGUUGUGCCACGGUGCGUUUACGGAGAACAUGGCUGGGGAGAAUCAGCUACUGGGGAGGAGGAGGCUUUACCACUGUGCUGCGUACAACUGUGCCAUCUCUGUCAUCUGCUGUGUGUUCGAUGACCUAAAAUUUUACCAAGGUUUUCUGUUCAGUGAAAAACCAGAAAAGAACUUGCUUAUUUUUGAGAAUCUGAUAGACCUGAAACGCUGCUAUACCUUUCCCAUAGAAGUUGAGGUUCCUAUGGAAAGAAAGAAAAAAUACAUGGAAAUUAGGAAAGAAGCCAGGGAAAUAGCAAGCGGGGAUUCAGAUGGUCCUCAUUAUAUGUCUUCCUUGUCGUGUUUGGCAGACAGUAGCCUGAGUGAGGAAAUGAGUCAAUUUGAUUUCUCAACUGGAGUUCAGAGCUACUCAUACAGCUCCCAAGACCUUAAUCCUCCCACUAGUCGUUUCCGGAGACGGGAGCAUCAGGACCCUAUGGAGCCAGGCGGUGCCCUGGAGCUGGAGAUGGAUGAGCUCAACCAGCACGAGUGCAUGGCCCCAAUGGUGGCGCUGGUCCAGCACAUGCACAGGCGGCUGAGUCCCCCCGUUGGGGAGGAGUGUUCAGCACUAAGAGUUCUUCCUCCUUGGAUGAAAUUUCUCCACAGCAAACUUGGAAACCCAUCAGUACCAUUAAAUAUCCGUCUCUUCGUAGCCAAGCUUGUUAUUAACUCAGAAGAGGUCUUUCGCCCUUUCGCGAAGCACUGGCUUGGUCCCUUGGUGCAGCUGGCCGUGUCUGAGAGCAGCGGAGGGGAAGGCAUUCACUACAUGGUGGUCGAGAUUGUGGUCACUGUUCUUUCAUGGACAGGCGUGGCUACUCCCGUGGGGGUCCCUAAAGAUGAAAUAUUAGCAAAUCGGUUGCUCCAUUUCCUAAUGAAGCAUGUCUUUCAUCCAAAAAGAGCUGUAUUUAGACACAACCUUGAAAUUAUAAAAACCCUCGUUGAAUGCUGGAAGGAUUGCUUAUCCAUCCCUUACAGGUUAAUAUUUGAAAAGUUUUCCAGUAAAGAUCCUAAUUCUAAGGACAAUUCAGUAGGAAUUCAAUUACUAGGCAUCGUAAUGGCCAAUGACUUGCCUCCCCAUGACCCAAAAUGCGGCGUAGACAGUCUCCAAUACUUUCAAGCUUUGGUCAACAAUAUGUCCUUUGUGAAAUAUAAAGAGGUGUAUGCAGCAGCGGCAGAAGUUCUGGGACUUGUUCUUCAGUAUAUUACAGAGAGAAAAAAUAUACUGGAGGAGUCUGUGUGUGACUUGGUUGUAAAACAAUUGAAGCAACAUCAGAAUACUAUGGAGGACAAGUUCAUCGUGUGCUUGAGCAAAGUGGCCAAGAGCUUCCCCCCUCUUGCUGACAGGUUCAUGAACACCGUGUUCUUCCUGCUACCAAAGUUUCACGGAGUGAUGAAGACACUGUGUCUGGAGGUGGUGCUUUGCCGUGCCGAGGAAACAGCAGACCUAUACUUCCAGUUAAAGAGCAAGGACUUUGUUCAAAUCAUGAGGCACAGAGAUGGUGAAAGACAAAAAGUGUGUCUGGAGAUAAUUUAUAAGAUGAUGGCAAAAUUGAAACCAGGAGAGCUCCACGAGCUGCUGGCCCCGGUUGUGGAGUUUGUUUCCCACCCUUCUGCGGUGUGCAGGGAGCGGAUGUAUAACAUUCUCAUGUGGAUUCAUGACAAUUACGGAGAUCCAGAAAAUCACACAGAUGAUGAUUCUCAGGAAAUAUUUAAGUUGGCCAAAGACGUGCUGAUUCAAGGACUGACGGAUGAGAACCCUGAGCUUCGAUUAAUUAUUCGAAAUUUCUGGAGCCAUGAAACAAGGUUACCUUCAAAUGCCUUGGACCGAUUAUUGGCACUAAACUCCUUAUAUUCUCCUGAGAUUGAAGUGCACUUCUUAAGUUUGGCAACAGACUUUCUGCUUGAGAUGACCAGCCUGAGCCCGGACUAUCCAAACCCCAUGUUUGAGCAUCCUCUGUCAGAAUGCAAAUUUCAGGAGUGCACCAUCGACUCUGGCUGGCGCUGCCCAAGCACUGUGCUCACACCGAUGUUUGUUGAGACCCAGGCCUCCCAGGCCACUGUCCAGACCCGAGCCCUGGAGGGGACCCUGUCACGCCAGCUGAUGGCUGGGCAGAUAAGGGCCACUCAGCAGCAGUAUGACUUCACACCGACACAGACGGCAGAUGGAAGAAGCUCAUUUAACUGGCUGACAGGGAGCAGCCUUGACCCGCUGGCGGAUCGUGUGGCCUCCUCAUCGGAUUCUUUGUCUUCCUCCUUGCUGUUUGCCCAUAAGAGGAGCGAAAGGUCACAGCGAGCACCCUUGAAGACAGUGGGGCCUGAUUUUGGGAAAAAAAGGCUGAGCCUUCCAGGGGAUGAGCUGAAUGACAAAGUGAAAGGCACUGAUGGUCGGACAGAAAUACUAAGAUUACGCAGACGAUUUUUAAAGGAUCCAGAAAAACUCAGUUUGAUUUAUGCCAGAAAAGGUGUCGCUGAACAAAAGCGAGAGAAGGAGAUGAAGAGUGAGUUAAAAGUGAAGCAGGACGCCCAGGUCAUCCUGUACAGAAGCUACCGGCACGGAGACCUUCCUGACGUUCAGAUCAAGCACAGCAGCCUCAUCGCCCCCUUGCAGGCCGUGGCCCAGAGAGACCCAUUAAUUGCAAAACAGCUCUUUAGCAGCUUGUUUUCCGGAAUUUUGAAAGAGGUGGAUAAAUUUAAGACGACGUCUGAAAAAGACAGCAUCACUCGGAAAUUACUGCACGACUUCAAUCGUUUUCUGGAUACUACUUUCUCUUUCUUCCCACCUUUUGUCUCUUGUGUCCAGGAGGUCAGCUGCCAGCACGCAGGCUUGCGGAACCUUGACCCGGCCACUGCCAGCACCAGCUGUCUGGCCAGUCUGCAGCAGCCCGUGGGCAUCUGCCUGCUGGAGGAGGCUCUGCUCCACCUGCCGCCUGCAGAGCCAGCUGCCAAGCGCGUUCGAGGGAAGACCCCCCUUCCUCCCGAUGUCGUCAGAUGGGUGGAGCUAGCUAAGCUGUAUAGAUCAAUUGGAGAAUAUGACGUCCUUCGUGGUAUUUUUAACACUGAGAUAGGAACAAAACAAAUCACUCAGAAUGCGCUAUUAGCAGAAGCCAGAAGUGAUUAUUCUGAAGCUGCUAAGCAGUACGAUGAGGCCCUCAAUAAACAAGAGUGGGUGGAUGGUGAGCCCACGGAGGCUGAGAAGGACUUUUGGGAACUUGCGUCUCUUGACUGUUACAACCAGCUUGCUGAGUGGAAAUCACUUGAAUACUGUUCUACCGCAAGUGUAGACAGUAAGAGCCCUCCAGAUCUAAGUAAAAUGUGGAGUGAACCAUUUUAUCAGGAAACAUACCUGCCUUACCUGAUGCGCAGCAAGCUGAAGCUGCUGCUGCGAGGUGAGGGGGACCAGACCCUGCUGACGUUCGUGGACGAGGCCAUGCGGGUGGAGCUCCGCAAGGCCCUGCUGGAGCUGCAGUACAGCCAGGAGCUGAGCCUGCUCUACCUCCUGCAGGAUGACCUGGGCAGAGCCCGAUACUAUGUCGAGAAUGGCAUUCGGGCUUUUAUGCAGAAUUAUUCUAGCAUUGACGCCCUCUUACACAGAAGCAGACUCACCAAACUGCAGUCUGUACAAGCUUUAACAGAAAUUCAAGAGUUCAUCAGCUUUAUAAGCAAAGAAGGCAAUUUAUCAUCUCAAGCUCCCCUUAAGAGACUUUUAAAAACCUGGAUGAACAGAUAUCCAGAUGCUAAAAUGGACCCAAUAAACAUCUGGGACGACAUCGUUACAAAUCGAUGCUUCUUUCUUAGCAAAAUAGAGGAGAAGCUGCCUUGUCUUCCAGAUGAUCACAGCAUGAACAUGGAUGGAGAUGAGGACCCCGGGGACAGCAGGGAGGAGCACGAGGAUGUCAGGUCCCUGAUGCAGAGCUGCAAGUUCUCCAUGAAGAUGGCGAUGGUGGAAAGUGCACGGAAACAGAACAACUUCUCACUUGCCAUGAAAGUGUUGAAAGAACUAUACAAAGAGUCGAAAACGCGAGAGGAGUGUCUGGUGAGGUGGGUGCAGAGUUACUGCCGCCUGAGCCAGAGCCGGAGCCGGGCCCAGCAGCCCCCGGAGCAGAUCCGUGCUGUGCUGAAGACGGUCUCUCUGUUGGAUGAGAACAAUACCUCAAGCUACUUAAGCAGAAACGUUCUGGCUUUCCGUGAUCAGAACAUUCUCCUGGGCACAGCUUGCAGGAUUAUAGCUGAUGCUCUCAGCAGUGAGCCAGCCUGCCUUGCUGGACUCGAGGAUAGCAAGGCUAGAAGGAUUUGGGACCUCUCUGGGUGCAGCUCUGAGAGUGCAGAGAAGGUGAUUGCGGGUCUGUACCAGAGAGCAUUCCAUCACCUCUCCAAGGCUGUGCAGAUGGCUGAAGAAGCCCAGCCUUCCUCCUGGGACCAUGGGCCUACAGCUGGGGUGGCCAAGGCCUACAUGAUGCUGGUGGAUUUCUGUGACCAGCAACUCCGCCGGGAGGAAGAAAAUGCGGCAGUUACUGACUCUGUAGAGCUGCAGGAGUAUCCAGCACUUGUGGUGAAAAAAAUGUUGAAAGCUUUAAAAUUAAAUUCCAAUGAGGCCAGGCUGAAGUUCCCUAGAUUACUUCAGAUUAUAGAACAGUAUCCAGAAGAGACCUUGAGCCUAAUGACAAAAGAGAUGUCUUCUGUCCCAUGCUGGCAGUUCAUCGGCUGGACCAGCCACCUGGUGGCCCUGCUGGACAAGGAUGAGGCCGUGGCCGUGCAGCACACCGUGGGGGAGAUUGCCAACAACUACCCGCAGGCCCUUGUGUACCCAUUUAUAAUAAGCAGUGAGAGCUAUUCCUUCAGAGAUACUUCUGCUGGUCAUAAGAAUAAGGAGUUUGUGGCAAGGAUUAAAAGUAAAUUGGAUCAAGGGGGAGUGAUUCAAGAUUUUAUUAAUGCCCUAGACCAGCUCUCUAACCCUGAACUGCUCUUUAAGGACUGGACCAAUGAUGUAAAAGUUGAACUAGCACAAACCCCAAUAAAUAAAAAAAACAUUGAAAAAAUGUAUGAAAGAAUGUAUGCAGCCUUGGGUGACCUGAAGGCUCCAGGCCUGGGGCCCUUUCGGAGGAAGUUUAUUCAGGCCUUUGGGAAAGAAUUUGAUAAGCACUUUGGGAAAGGAGGCUGUAAGCUGGCAGACAUGCAGCCGGGCGCCUUCGCCAACAUCGCCAAUGCGCUGCUGAGCCGCAUGGGCCCGGCCUCGAGGCCGCCCGGCAACCUGCAGGAGUGCUCACCCUGGCUGAGCAGCUUCCAGGCAGAGCUCCUGAGACAGGAGCUCGAGGUUCCUGGUCAGUAUGACGGCAGAGGGAAGCCAUUGCCUGAGUACCACGCACGCAUUGCUGGCUUUGACGAGAGGGUAAAAGUAAUGGCCUCCCUCAGAAAACCGAAGCGCAUCGUCAUCCGAGGCCAUGAUGAGAGAGAAUACCCUUUCCUGGUGAAGGGGGGUGAGGACCUGCGGCAGGACCAGCGCAUCCAGCAGCUCUUCCAGGUCAUGAACCUCGUCCUGUCCCACGACGCUGCCUGCAGUCAGAGGGACAUGCAGCUAAGGACAUACCGUGUCGUGCCCAUGACCUCCAGAUUAGGAUUAAUAGAAUGGAUUGAAAACACUAUCACCUUGAAGGACCUUCUCUGGAAUAGCAUGUCACCAGAGGAGAGAGCAGCGCAUUCGAGAGUACCAGUAGGUGAAUAUAAAGACUGGCUGGCAAAAAUGUCAGGGAGACGCGAUGUUGGAGCUUACAGCCUCAUGUAUAAGAGAGCAAAUCGUACCGAAACAGUCACAUCUUUCAGAAAAAGAGAAAGCAAAGUGCCAGUGGGUCUCCUGAAGCGGGCCUUCAUGCAGAUGAGCACAGGCCCCGAGGCCUUCCUGGCUCUCCGCUCCCACUUCACCAGCUCACAUGCUCUGAUGUGUGUCAGCCACUGGGUCCUCGGGAUUGGAGACCGACACCUGAACAACUUCAUGGUGUCCAUGGAGACUGGUGGCAUGAUUGGGAUCGAUUUUGGACAUGCGUUUGGAUCAGCUACCCAGUUUCUCCCAGUCCCUGAGUUGAUGCCUUUUCGUCUAACUCGUCAGUUUAUCACUCUGAUGUCGCCAAUGAAGGAGACGGGACUUCUGUACAGUAUCAUGGUGCACGCCCUGCGGGCCUUCCGCGCCGACCCUGGCCUGCUCACCAACACCAUGGAUGUGUUUGUAAAGGACCCCUCCUUCGACUGGAAAAAUUUUGAACGAAAAAUGCUAGAGAAAGGAGGAUCGUGGAUUCAAGAAAUAAAUGUAACUGAAAAAAAUUGGUAUCCCCGACAGAAAAUACGUUACGCUAAAAGGAAGUUAGCAGGUGCCAAUCCAGCCGUUAUUACUUGUGAUGAGUUACUUCUGGGCCAUGAGAAGGCACCUGCCUUCAGGGAUUACGUGGCCGUUGCACGAGGAAGCAAAGAUCAUAAUAUUCGUGCUCAAGAACCAGAGAGUGGACUUUCAGAGGAGAUACAAGUGAAAUGCCUGAUUGACCAGGCAACAGACCCCAACAUCCUUGGCAGGACUUGGGAGGGAUGGGAGCCCUGGAUGUGAGUCUCUGGGAGUCAGCAAAUGAUCAAUUGUUUAAAGAAGCUCCCUAAACUCUCAUCAGCUUCAAUCAAGAAGCUGAUUUUCCUGAAGUGCUAAAGAGAAGAAAGCUAUUUAGUGACACAGUUUUGUAGCAAGAGUUUACUUGAAGAUCAAGAUGAGUAAAUGAAUAUAAGUUGAAUCAAAGAUGAAGUUAGGUUAAAAAAUCUCAUAUCCAGGCUCAUCCAGUUCUAAACCAAGAAUGUAGCAUAUGAUUACCAUCCCAAGCAUUUCACAAGUGCUGUAAGUCAGGUAAACCAAAGGGGAAAGUGUAAGCAAUCCUUAGAGCAUCCUCACCGGCAGUAACUCCACCAGACUUCAUCACCAGGGUUUCGUGACCCUAUAGUCGAAGGUGUAGUGGACACGAGGAAAAAAUGUUCAGCAGCAUGGAAGGAACAGGAGCAACUGGGAGAGCUAGAGUCAAACAGCAUUCUCUGCCAAGACAUGACCACAUUUGCUAUUUUAGGAUAUUUCUCUAGGUUUUUCCCUUUCUUUUUAUUCUCUGGUUUUGACGUUUUGUGAUAAACUUGCCUUGAAGAAGAGAAACACUUUGUUUAGGGGCAGAAACCCAGGUCUUGGUGUUCACUCUGCUGCUGUGAUGAGCACUGAAAGGUGCCAGCACCGCUUUACAUCCCAGACUCAGGACAGCUCCAGAAACCCCACGUGUGGUGGGGAAGCACUAAGUAUUUCAGUACUAAGAAAAUUCUAUUUGAAAUGAAUUCCCCAUUUGGACAAAAAAGCGUGCCCUUUGGAAGUGCAAGGUCAAAUUUUGGGACACGGCAGUGGUCCCUUCCCCAUGGUCCUCUGUGCUCUGGGACUGUCUUUAGAUCAGCUUUUAGCUUUUUGUUGUUGUUUUGUUUUUUCUGCAAACACUUGAAUUUGGAAAUUCUUCCAUGAUUUUUGGAAAUAAUCUUAAGGAUAUUUAAUGAUGGCCAGGCGUGGUGGCUCACAUCUGUAAUCCCAGCACUCUGGGAGGCCGAGGUGGACAAAUCGCCUGAACUCACAAGUUUGAGACCAGCCUGAGAUAAAAGACCUUGUCUCUAAAAUUAGCCGAGCAUUGUGACAGGUGCCUGUAGUCCUAGCUACGGGAAGCUAAGGCAAGAGAAUCACUUGAGCCCAGGAGUCUGAGGUUGCUAUGCUAUGCCACAGCACUCUACCAAAGGUGACAAAGUGACACUCUGUCUCAAGGACAAAAAAGGAUAUUUAAUGAUAAAAGUUUUUGCUAAAAGUAAGGUAUAGCUCAAGAGCAAAAUAUUCAUCUUAAAAAAUAUAUUGCCAAGUUUAUUCUGAUAAAUACAAGUUUAUCAGAAUAUAUUACAGAAUUGAAAAUAAACAUUUAUAAUCUCAAGAAAUAC